UCCCUCUCUGAUAAAAAAAACACAGCUUGCUCGAGCGCGCUCUCUUAAAAAUAGAAAAACGACCGAAGGUUAAAAAUAAUGAUGAAUUGCAAUACAAUUAUUGCUAUUAUUGCUAUUCUCAAGGUAUUAAUGUGUUUUUUUCUUUUUAUUUGACGUUGUUUUCAAUCGGUGAAAUGCAGCCAGUACGGUUUGAGAGCACUGCUCCCCCUCCCCCGCUUCCCACAGACACCAUUGCACAGAUAGGGAGAGAGGGAGGGGGAAGGAGAGAGAGGAGAGGGAGAGCGAUAGUCAGCACCCGUGAGGGGAACAAGAUUCAGCCGCGCGGAGAGAGAAGAGAAAAAAGCAGUAGCCAAACGGACAAAGGAAAACAUGGAUGUAACGGAAAAACGCUAUUUAAAACAAGCACAUGUACCGGAGAGGAUGCUUUGGUCGUCCUGCACAUAGUAGGGGGUAACUCAAGGACUCUUCCCCCCCGUUUUUAAUGUUGCGUGUGGGGACGCAUGGAAAGCUUUCUCUAAUCCGUCUGCGGAUCCUGCCUGCUUGCAAUGGCUGUGGCGGUGCGAUGCUGUUACAGCAUAACUCAGAAUGUGCCUUAUACUUUUUAUUUGGUAAUUUUUGUACUCUGUGGCCUUACAAAUGCACAAAUACGAUACACCAUUCCGGAGGAGCUGGAGAAUGGGGCUGUGGUCGGCGACAUUGUUCGCGAUUUGGGUCUGGACCUGCAAAAGAUCUCCUCCCGACGCAUCAGAAUCACCUCGGACAGCGCACGGAGAUAUUUCAACAUAAAUCAUAAAAAUGGCAAGCUGUCGGUAAGUGACCGCAUCGACCGGGAGACGCUGUGUGAAUUCAGUGGCACCUGUUUGCUCAACCUAGAAGUGGGGGUUGAGAACCCGCUCGAGGUGCAUAAUGUGGAGGUGGAGAUUCUGGAUGCGAACGACAACUCGCCACAGUUCCCCCGGGACGAGUACCAGCUGGAAAUCUCAGAGUCCGCCAUAACUGGGUCCCGGUUCCCCAUCGAGGGCGCGCAGGAUGCAGACGAAGGAUCCAACUCAGUUCGCCUCUACCGGCUCAGCAACAAUGAGCACCUCGCGCUGGACUCCAACAAGCCCGCGGCAAAUAGCAAGAACAUCCAGCUCGUGCUCAAAAAGCCAUUUGACCGUGAGCAUACACCAUCUCAUCAGUUAAUACUGACUGCUGUCGAUGGAGGCACCCCGGCGCGCACAGGUACAGCCAAAAUCAACGUGCGUGUCCUGGAUUCCAACGACAACGUGCCUGUGUUCGACAACUCCGUGUACAAAGUGAAACUGUCGGAGAACUCGCCCAAGGGCGCUCUGGUGAUAAAGUUAAACGCCACAGACCGGGAUGAAGGCACAAACGGGGAUGUGUUUUACUCUUUCAGCAGUUACACCCCAGAGAGGGUGAGACAAAUGUUCUCCAUGGACACAGAUACAGGAGAGAUCAGAGUGAAGAAAAACAUAGACUAUGAGGAGACUAACUCGUAUGAGAUGUACAUACAAGCUAUGGACAGGGGUCCUUCUGCAGUGGUCGUCCACUGUAAAGUGGUGGUGGAGGUUUUGGAUAUGAACGACAACAUUCCUGAAAUUGUGCUGUCAUCUCUUUCCAGCCCGGUCCGUGAGGAUGCACGGGCUGACACCGUGGUGGCUCUGAUCAGUCUUAAUGACCGAGACUCCGCCCAGAACAAACAGGUGACCCUGGAGAUCCAACCUGGUGUCCCGUUUAAGAUCAAGUCCUUCCGGAACCACUACACCUUGGUCACCGCUGCGUUCCUGGACCGAGAGACCAUCUCCACCUACAACGUCACAGUAACCGCCAUCGAUGGGGGAACGCCGGCCCUGUCUUCACACAUGUCCAUUAAAGUUGACGUGGCCGAUGUCAAUGACAACCCUCCCCGCUUCGAACAGACUUCCUACACGGUGUACAUGAUGGAGAAUAAUGCACCUGGGGCGUCAAUGUGCGUUGUAAAGGCAAUGGAUGCAGACGCUGGGGAGAACGCUCGCAUCACCUACACCGUCCUCAAUGACAACAACCACGGCAUCCCUGUGGCGAGCUACGUCAGCAUCAAACCCGACACGGGAGAGGCCUAUGCCCUGCGAGCCUUCGACUUCGAGAAGCUCAGAGAGUUCCACUUCCAGGUGAAAGCCCAGGAUGGUGGCGUGCCGCCCCUCAGCCGCGUAGCAACAGUCUACGUUUACAUCAUGGACCAGAACGACCACUCCCCUAGGAUAGUCCAUCCUCCAGCCAAUGGGACGCGGACCACUGAGACGCUGAUGACGAAUGCAGAGGCGGGGGCUCUGGUGACCAAGGUGGUAGCGUGGGACGGGGACGCAGGUCAGAACGCCUGGCUGGUGUACGUCCUGGAGCAGACCACCUCCGAGCUGGACCUGUUUAAAGUCCACGAGCACACGGGGGAGAUACGCACCACGCGGCGUGUCAGCGAGGACAACUCCACCUCUUUCUUGCUGACCGUUCUGGUCCGCGACCAUGGCCUCCCGCCGCUCUCCUCCACCGCCACCAUCAAUGUGCAUGUCAUGGAGCUGCCACCCAAGCUGACCCCCGACCCCAAACGCAUUAUCAGGCCUCACAGCCCGCUGCUGUUCUCCAACGUAACCCUCUACCUGAUCGUGGCCCUGAGCGCCACCACCUUUGUGUUCCUGGUCACCAUUGUGGUGCUGGCCAUUGUCCGCUGCCACGCCUACUGCACCCAGCCCGGCUCCUGCUCGCCCUGCUGUGUGUCCCAAAAGAGUGUCCCCGAGGGGGGCACCUCAGCUGGUGGGGGUGGAGGGUCAUUGGGUCGAGGUGGCGGUGGUGGGGGAGGUCAGGGUCAACCCAACAACAACGUUGCUCUGCGGCGAGACCUGAAGGUUGAACCUCACUACAUCGAGGUGCGGGGGAACGGCUCCAUGACCAAAACGUACUGCUAUAAGACAUGCAUGACGGCCACGUCGGGGAGUGACACCUUCAUGUUCUAUAACACGGGUCGGCCCCACAGCGGCACCUGGAGCUCCGGGGGAUACGUCACAAGCCAGAGUGGACAGAGCCAGAUGUUUGUACGCAGGCUCAGCAUGCCAGAUGCAACCGCCAUACAGCCCAAGGUGCCGAAUUCAGACUGGCGUUACUCUGCCUCACUUAGGACUGGGAUGCAGAGCUCAGUGCACAUGGAGGAGUCGUCGGUGAUGCAGGGAGCCCAGGGGGUUCUGGUCCAGAACUGGCCGACCGUGUCUAGCGCCACCGGAGAUGCUGAGGGUGGAGAGACGUCCCCACCAAUGGGAGCCGGAGUGGAUAGUAACAGCUGGCACUUCCGUUACGGUGCAGGCGGUCCCGGUGGGCCCCCCCAGCACCUGAAGCCUGGCGAGGUCCCCCCCGAAGCCUUCAUCAUCCCUGGAUCCCCCGCAAUCAUCUCAAUCCGCCAGCAGGGGGGAGAGGACGACAAGAGUGACUUCAUCACUUUCGGAAAGAAGGAGGAGGCCAAGAAGAAGAAAAAGAAGAAGAAGGAGAAGAAAGAUAAGAAGGAUAAGGGGAAGGAUGAUGACGAGUAGCGGAGGAGGAGGAAGAGGAAGAGAAGGAAAGGGAGCUGUUAAAACAGAGGUACCAACCAAAGUCCACCUGGUAACAAAAAUAAAAGUAUUUGAGACAACAGGUGAAAAGAGAGAUCCCCAGUUCAACUUCAUCAUCUCUGGCUCAGUAACACAGACAGGCAGACAAAGUCACACUGCCCUCCUCCGCUCGAUACCCACCCCUGGAACAAAGAUAAUAGCCCAGGUCUUUCUAACGCUCUCUGGUAAUAAUCUGGCCUUACCAAGAUUACUGUAGUUUAACGUCUCCUCCAAAUCCCUGUCUUGGGUAAUUGCUUAAUAAUCAUGCCUUGAUGAUAAAAAAUGUAUUGAUGCAUUUUCCUCCAUGCCCCCUGGUGCCUGCCUAUACACCCUGAGCCAAAUAAUACCCUCCCACUCUUCUCAGCAAGGGGACAAGAGCUACUGUCUCCCUUUGUCCUCUGCUAUUCACCUUCUCUCCCACGGAUACGUUGGCACCUCGGUCUUACCCUUUCCCACCAUGUUGUAUAAUCUCUUUUCUUUGAGAGGAAAAGAAAAUCUGAGGAUGAGAAGAAAACAGCUCUGUUCCAGCCUCGGAAAAAUAACAAAAAAAGCAAAUGUCAAGAAGAAGAAAAGAAAGUAAAUUGAAGAGGACACAGACAGAGCCAAAUGUUUAGAGCUGGACACUCACACUUGUAAAUAGCACAGGAGAGAGUCGCUAAAGCUGAGGCUAAAGGCUAACAUGACACUGCUGCUGCAGCUUCCUAUCGCGCUCUCUGUCUGUCAGUGUUCCCUGAGACGGCAAGGAAAACAUGGCUGUCAAUGAUACUCACAAACAUGGACACUGAGAACACCUGAGACCUGGAGAGAGGUACAAAAUCUAGGAGCUGCCAACAAACAACAGCAAACAAAUAACAAUAUGUUUAAUACCGAAUGCAAGCUUUUCCCCCAGCAGCAGUCUCCUCAGCAGGACACACAUGUACUGUAGAUCUAGCCUCUCAGGAUCGACACAGCCGCAUCCCCUGCAAUUAAUUACUCCUGGUUGGUCUGCUCAAUACUCUAUUUUGGGACAAUGAGAUCCCUCUCUCUCAAAGCAGCCAACAGCUCAAUGAGAUCCCUCUCUCUCAAAGCAGCCAACAGCUCAAUGAGAUACCUCUCUCUCAAAGCCAACAGCUCAAUGCGAAGAGAGAGUAAGAGGGAAUGAGAGAAAGGAGGAACACUCUUCAGAUUAUCUUGAGAACAAAAGAGGAGUCCAGCUGAGUUGGCUUGUGAUUCAGCUUGUUGAUCAGGGCUCAGUUGGAACCUUGUAGAAUAGCAGGAGUGAUGACCUCUCCCCUGCCACUCAGCAAAAGCCUGAUGCUUUCUGCUCUGAAUGUUUGGUAGCAACCAUCCUUUACCUGAUACCCAACCUGACCUCCAUCCUCCCCACUCCCCUGACCUUUCCACCCUCAACCCCACACCACCCCUCAACCCCACCCUUACCCCAACCACAGACUGCUUCUUCACGUGAUGAUGAUGAUGACAUUUUGUGAAUCUUUUUCUCUUUUUAUUUGUUCUUGGAGAAGAGCCACGAUUUCCUUCUCUGUUUUGUUAGCUUUAACUGAUCUGCAGUGCUUCUUCUUGUCCCACCCCUGCCCUUCAUCUCUCUCUUUUUCUGGCCAUAGACUCCCCCUCUAACCCCCUGUUGAUUCAGGGUGAACUGGGAAGGGCUACUCUGAACCUUGUGGUGUACUGGGGUCAGUAAUAUGUGUGAGGCCUGUAGAAUCCAGCCGGUGCCGGUGGUCCAGUAUUCUGUUAGCCAAUGUCAGAUGCCUCCAAGUGCAAAACAGUUGACUGCUUUUAACUUGUGAAUACUACGCUGUUCAUUCCUGUUUGUGGUCACUGGCGAGAGGGGACGAGGUGGGAUGGGGACAGGGAUGGAGGUCUGGGACAUGGUGCUGAGGACUAUCCCUGUCCUCCAUGUUCCUGGGUAAACAUAUAUGAAAACAGUAGGUCACCCAUUGGCUUUUAUGUACACGAUAAAUGUAGAUUUAGAUUUGCUUUUCAUACAUGGACUUUGCAUUAAUAAAUGCGAUGUGUAACCUAAUUAUUACAUUAUUAAUGACUAAAUACGAGCAUCUAAUGAUUCCUACAUCUAAGGAUUCCUACCCCACAGCUCUAUCCCACCAAUCCUCUCUCAGGAGGUUUUGUGAAGGGGCGGAGACAUGCUUCACCCUGCUUCUAUUGGUUCCCCCUUCCCUUGCCUGUAAGUUGUUGCCACACCCCCCAAGUUCUGCAGCUCAGUAUGACUUCACUCCACUAAAGUGGCUGCUGCAUGUAAGUCUCAAAGGAAACAUAGUAUAUAGAGAAAUAUAUAUAUAUAGAAAUAGAUGGCUAUGAUUUUAUUAUUUUGUAUUAUCAUUUUACUUCAUGACUCGCAAAGGAGAUAUUUGUGUGUACCGUCUCUACCAUGCAUCUUGUGCAUAUGACAUCCUACACACUCCACAGUGGUGUUAUACGUUAACUAAACCUCUUAGAUAUUUGUAAAUGCUAUAGUGUGAUGGCCUUGAAUGCAACUCUGUUCAUUUUGUUUUAGCAAAAUAUCAUUUUCGUUUUUGAGAACAAGCAAAGAAAAGGAAAAAAAAAAAAAUUAUUAUAAUAAUAUGUUUUGUGUCCGGCUUUGACAUGAUGCUCUACCUAACACUAAUAUUGUAAUUGAAAUAUGUAUGAUCCUGUGAUGAGCUAUAUUUUCCCUUCCACCCCCUUUCAACAGAUUAAAAAAUAAAAAAAUGACAGAAAAAAAAGUCCAAUGUAAAAAUGGUAUAUGUAGUGUAUGCUUGUGUUUAGUGAGCGUUCACGCUGUCAUUCUUUAUUUUGAGUACGGUGGUGACCAAUGGUGGCGCUGUCCUGGCCUACUGGGCAGUACUGAUCUGUUGUAAAACCUUUUUUUGUACACCUGCUCAUCUACUAUGACUGUAAAAUUGUGAAAUUGCUUUUCUUUCCGUUUUUUUAUUUGCCCUAAAUGGAUACAGUGGUAAUGUGUUUUGUUUAUAAAUCACUAAAUAAAGUUUUCUUUCAUAAAAAUGAGA